AUGCGUCUCGCCUUGUACGCUGGCUGCUCAACAGCUGCUGCGGCGGCGUGUCUGCUCAAGGCGUUCCAGCGCCCGAACUUCUACAGCGCUACUGUCUACCUCUCGCAGUCCAACGCAUGUCUCCUCAUCCUCACCAACCUCCUGCUUGUCGGCGCGUGCAGCUUCAUGUUCGCGCUGCAACGACUGCUCUACGGCCCCCUCCGACCCAUCGAGAUAGAGCAGCUGAGCGAGAAGGCAUGGUACGCUGUCCUGGACACUCUACUGGCUAUGCCGAGUUUCCGAGAAGAUGUGGGAGGAUGGCUGUUGGCGAUGUUCACGUUGCUGCUGGCAGGGAAGGUGUGGGGCUGGAUUGGCGAGGGGAGGGUGGACGUGUUGGAACAGCAGCCACCCGCGAACCCGCGGCUCUUUCACAUACGGCUGGCGACGAGCUUGGUUGCCAGCGUGCUGUUUGAUCUCUGGAUGCUGGACUAUUGCGUGGAGACGGUCAUGUCGGAUCCGAGGCCGGGCAUGAUGGUGAUCUUUACCUUUGAGUUUGCGAUCUUGACGGUGUUCUCGACUUUCACGCUAUCGAGAUACUUCCUGGCUUUGAUUCAGACGAGGAUAGAGAAGGCACAGAUGGAGAAGGCGGUGGUUGAGAAGAAGGCAGAGAUACGGGCAGAGCGAGCAGCAGCGCGGCAGAAUGAGACGAGUGAGGGCACCCCGGCGCCUGCGUCACCACCUUCCGAGGAGCCCAUUGAAGUCGACGAGAACGAGCUUGACGUGCCCGGCUGGGAGGAGAAGCGACGAUACCUGUUUGCGCUUGAGGUCUUCACAGACUUCAUCAAGCUGCUCAUCUACAUCGUUUUCUUCACCGUUAGCAUAACAUUCAACGGGUUGCCGAUGCACAUUAUGCGGGACGUCUACAUGACGUUCGCCUCGUUCAGCAAGCGCGUUGCCGACUAUGUGGCGUACAGAAAGGCGACGAGCGACAUGAACGCGCGAUAUCCGGACGCCACGACAGAGGAGAUUCGAGGGGAUGCGUGCAUUGUGUGCAGGGAGAUCAUGGUGGCAUGGGAGCAACCGGCUCAGGCACAGCAGCAAGGACAGGUGCAACCGGCGGCUCAACAGCCUGCUGCUGCACCGCCGCCUGCGCGAAGGAGAGACGAGGGGCUGAGAGCGAAAAAGUUGCCAUGUGGACAUAUUUUGCAUUUGCGAUGCUUGAAGUCGUGGCUCGAGAGGCAGCAGGUGUGUCCGACGUGCAGACGGCCCGUCGUUGUGGCUACAGAGACAGCUCCACGAGGUCAGGGUGCUGGGGCGGCCGGCCGAGGAGCACCAGGACAACAACCAGCGCGCCGCCCCGGACGAGCGAGGAUCUUCAAUUUCGGCCCUGUACGAGUAGGCUUCUUGAACGGCCCAGGCGAUCAGAUAGGAAACAUCGUCCGGCAGAUGCAGAAUGGAGGCCAGCAGAACGCGCAGGCGCCCGGUGCAGGUGGACAGGAUGGUGCAGGUCAGCAAGGUCCGAACCAUCUUGGUCUCCAAGUACCGUACGCGAACGGCCAGCAGGGAGCACAGACCGGCGGGCCUCGAGCGAAUCUACCGACCUCAGUCCAGCUCUUGCAAAUACAGCAGCAGAUCUUCCAGACACAAGCGCGGAUCAUGCAAGAAGCACAGAGUCUCCGUCUCGAGCAGUCGCAGCUGGCCACGCUACAGAGGAUGGACGAUGAGCUGGCGCAGUUGCGACGCUUGCAGCAGUGGAACCAGCAGCCGUUCGGGAGUCGAGGGCCACCACCUACCACAGGCCAGACGAACCAAACGUCUCAGAUGUCGGGACUGCAGCAGUAUCAACAGGCGACUGAGACGUUGCAAGGUGCUGGGAGCGCGCAGUAUGCCAAUGGUCAUGACCACUUGCCGCAGGGUAUGACGUUGCCGGAAGGCUGGACGGUCAUGCCGCUGCAUCGGGCGGAUGGAUCUGCGACUGGCAUGCAGCCUGCUGUGGCUACAUCUUCUACCGUACCAGAUGGCUCGCAAGCGGCUCCUGCAGCCGCAGACGGCGAGAGUGCUACAGCGACCUCACAACCUGCAACUGAGAAUGCCGCUGGCCCCACAGACGAGCGAGGCUCACCACUCUUCGUGCCGACUGAUUCUGCAGCGUCAAGCGGGCAGACCACGGCCACGAGUGCAGCACCUCCGUCUACUGCCCCUGCAGUUCCACCCUCAGAUACGCCUUCAGCGUCUUCACAAACGUCAGCACAACCGCAAGCGCCGCUACGAUCCGAACACCCGACACCCUGGGGUCAAGAAGGCUGGAGCUUCGACAAUCAGGCCAACGGCCAGACCAAUACAAACGGCGAACAAACCUCGAGUGCGGCAGCAAACGAGAACGCGAACGGCGCACCAAUCGCGUCUGCCCCGGAGCCACGGCCAGAGCAGCAAGGUCACAGCUACGAAGGGAAAGGCAAGGCCAAGGCUGCACAAGUAGAAGAUGCGCCGGAUGAGCGACAAUGA